ACUUUCCUCCCCCCGUCCCGAGCACGACCAGAGCUGCUCCGGCGUGGUUUGGAGCGAGGCACGGGUGGCGGCGGGUUCGAGUAAAGGUCAGGGAAAAUGCGGGAUCCUCCCCAUUCCAUAGGCGCUCCGGCGGCCUCAUGGGCCUUGCCGAGGGCCGCUUCAGCGCGGUCACAGUGCCGUGGAGCCGGCCAGCGUGCUCGCAGCCAUGCCGCUGGUGGACCAUGCCCGCCUCCCGCCCGGCAUCGUGCAGCGGUCGUGCCCCUUUCCUGAGGGCGGAGGUGGCGGCAGCCAUCAGGACUGCGCCGAGGCACCCUCGGCACCCUCGGAGGAAGGAGCAGCGCGCGCCAGUGGAGGCCAAAAUCGUCGACAUCGCGUCGGCACUCUCGACGGCGUGCCUGGGCUCGCAGAGGGCGACCUGGGCGGUGCAGGGUGGCUGGGCCGCCCCCCUCCCGCGGUGCGCCAAGCCUCGGGGGUCGGGGAGACCAUCUAGGGUCGCCGAGGGGGCGGGUCGGACGCCCGAUCCGGCUGCUGGCCGGAGGACGUCGCCGGCUCCGCGAUUUUGGGCGCCCCAGGCGCCUCCAGCCGGGCCGAGCGGCGCCAGCUGGUAGCUGGGGCCGCAGGGCGGUCGGGCCGACACCGUGUGCUAGUCGGGGUGGGUUGUCUAGGGGUGUGGAGGUCGGUAGAGUGUCCGUUUGUAGCCUCCGGACGGGCUCUGGUCGGGAGCCCGCCGGGCCGGCUGAGGCUGUGUGCCCGUCCACUGUGGACCCACUGAUGGCCUAGGAGCCCUGCACGGAUGGUGUUUAUGCUAUAUAACACCUAGGGACCGCGU